CUUUAACCUUGACGACGAGCUCACAGAUCUCGGCUCUGAUCAGACUGGGCAGCAGGCUGCAGCAGCAACUUUCGUGCACCAAAAUGUCUUACUUUGGCGACUUCGGUGACAUCUGUACCAACACUCCUUCGUACACCUGGUGUAAUCUAUUUUAUCGGCAACUUUUAGAAAGUUCCAAUCUUUCGAGUCUCUUAACAGGAGUUUCCUCCAACUCGAGCAGCGCACCGGUAGGAGUGAACCCUUCAUGUGGAAUACCUAGGGUAGGCAAUGGCGGGAGUCUUGGGAAUAUCGGCAACAUCGUCGUCUGUGCUCUGAGCAUGAUCGUAGUGAUUGGAUUAAUUUUCCUUACUGAGAAGAGAAAAGCUGCCGUCGGUCGCGUUGAAUUAAGGAAUAUGCUUAUUGUGUACUUCAUCACACUUCCUUUCCAACUUAUUACCAAUGGCUCUCUACUUCAACAAGGUUCUACUGUGCUAGUGGUCCUCACUGCGAUUCAUGCCGCUCUUGUCGCAACUCUUUUUUGGGCAUUGCUAGCCAAUGCACUCGUGUCAACCCAAAUUGUCGAAGAUGGAACAAUGGCGUCUUUAGCGCCCUUUUUCAUCCUUUGUUUUCUGAUAUUCGGCGGUACUCUGUAUAUAGCGUUGGACGUUGCGCUCGGGAUAACUCAAACCUUAGGACCAUCAUCGAAUCCCACUGAGUUAAGGAGCGUUCCACUUUUUGUAAUGACGAGUCUCUGGCCCGCUCUUGCUGCAAUAAUAUACCUUGGUGUCAUGCUCUACAUCAUCCUUAGUAUGCUCAAAGAAGUUCGUCCAGCUCUAUAUUAUAUCCUAGCUGGGAUCGUUUUUGUUUUUAGUCAGUUGGCUUGGUUCCUACUUGGAAAGGUGAUAUGCAACGGUUCAGGGAGCAAAUUAGAUGGUUCAUUCCUUGCCACAAUAUUUGAAACGAUUACUGUUGUCAUCCUUUUCCUCGGUUGGAAGUCCAUCACGGAAGGGGCAUGGGAUGAUCCUUACUAUUCGUGAUUGCUAUCCUGAAGAACCGUAAAUCGCAACUUUUCUCGCAUUGCGCAUGCGCAACGUGUUCUGCUUAUUGUUUGACUUUGUGUGUACCACAUCUAACGCUCUUUAUCCUAUGGCAUUUGCUGCAUUGCGUCUGGAGUGGAAGAUUCCUUUCGUAUCGUGUUACACGUUUAAUAGAAUUAAAAAAACACCUUUAGAUC